UGAAGCAGUUCGGCCAGAGGCCAUAUUGGAAUCUAUGCAGUCGGCUUGCACUUGGAUGGGAUUCGGUUUCUGUCGUUUUGGGACUCUCCAAAUCGCUCUCCCGGAUUUAUAUCCGUGUUAUUUCUCCAGACAUUCCGCUUGAGACUCCGACAAGUCCGGACGGCAAGUUGUCUCGCCUCUUCUGUUGAAGAAAAUGAGUCCAACCGAUGCUAAACGGGGGGCUAAACGCAGGAAGAACAAGCGGGGCGGUGGCAGUAGCUGCAGUGCUGUCUGCAAUAGCAGCAGUGGCAAGGCCGGGGCUGCACCGGCCCUGGGCUGUGCGGGAACAGCAACACCUGCCUCUGUCGUCAGCUUCCUCACAUCUGGAAGUAUAGGCAACGGGAAUAUCGGGUCCAGCGCGGGCAUCAACGGAGAGGUGAAGGUGAACAGCAGCGUUACUCCUCAGUUUGCAGAAGGACCAGCGAACGCAGAGUUCUCCGGAGUUCUUCAGACGCCGUUCACAUUUGGGCUUAACCAGCGGGCGCCGUACACGGCUGGAGAUCGCUGCCUUUUGUGCCGAUGCGAGCGUAAAGACAGCGUUGUGCCUUUAGAAGCUGGCAUCUCUGGUCAGAACGGCACGGCACAGCCCUCCAACACACCCAGUGCCCUCCACCUGCCUCUGUGGGUAUGCUCCGACUGCAGACGUACAGUGGAGAAGGAAGACAGACGUACGACUCUGGAGCAGUCGUUAGGGAGUCAAGACUUUUUGUUGCACAUGCCUGUGAGUAAUGGAAACCUGGCUCAGACAGCAGUCACAACAGACAGGCUCGCUACUGCGGCGCCUACACUACCCAUGCUCCCUGCCACGGACCUCAACGCACAGAUGCCUUCUGACACUGUCUGCAGCUGUGAAACCUGCAACGAGAGACGGGAGAUGUCUACUGAAUCGGAGAGGGAGUCGCAGCAGCUGCAGAACCACUGGUCUGAGGUUCGUUACCUGGUGCGCUGUAUCUACCGGCAGACAGGAACACCACUCGCAGACGACCAAGAACAGCCCUUGGAGAGGGAUAAGGAAGGCAUGAAGGAGCUGGUGGACAGGCUCUGUGUAAAAGAUCCAUAUCAGCUCUACCAACGGUUGGAGCAGCAGGCACGAGAAUAUGUCUUAGAAAUGAAGGUGCGGCUUCUGAAGCACCAUUCCGGAGGCUCCAAGCCUGCAGGACAUCCAGUGGGGCCUGUGGCUGCAGCUCACGGUCCUCCUCAGGCCCACCAGUUCAUCUCCCUGCUGCUGGAAGAGUACAAUGCUCUCUGUCAGGCUGCACGCACCAUCAGCAGCUUCCUCCUCACUCUGGAGAAUGAGCACCUCCAGAAAUUUCAGGUGACGUGGGAGCUGCACAACAAGCACCUUUUUGAGAAUCUGGUUUUCUCUGAACCAAUCCUACAAAACAGUUUACCAGCACUUAUUGCACAGUUGAGACAUGGUACAGCCUCUCAUGACUCGUAUAAUGAAGACAUGUAUCAGACUCUGUUGGAAAGAUACCAACAGCUGCAGCAGGAGAUGGCUUCUGUGGCUGCUGAGUGGCAGGAGUGUGAGAAGAGGAUUGAUGAUUAUGUAGAUGAGCAGUUACUUUUUAAGGUGGAAGGUCAAAGUCAGUCCAACCAAAAACCAGAGCCACACAAGUCCUUGAUCAGCAAAAAUACUUUAAAGACAAAGCAGCGAAUGCUAAAGGAGGACUGGGAGUUCUUCAAGCAGAGAAGGUUCAUUGAAGAACAGUUACCCAACAGUAAAAAGCCCUCCACUGGAGAUAACAAUUUCACAGACACUAUGAGGAUGCUCUCAUCUCGUCUUAGUAUUCCAGAUUGUCCAAACUGUAAUUAUAGAAGAAGGUGCACAUGUGAUGACUGCAGUCUCUCCCACAUCCUGACGUGUGGAAUCAUGGACUCGCCCAUCGCUGACGACCUCCACAUCAAGCUGCCCUUACAAGGGGAGCCACAGCGGGACUACCUGUCAGAGGUGCACCCUCCCAGCCUCUCCUCAGGCAGUUCGGCUUCUGGCUCAAACUCCAGUUCUCCCAUCACAAUUCAGCAGCAUCCAAGGCUUAUCUUGCCUGAAGGGAAUGUCAGCAAUUUUAUUAGCGACGAUGACGAAGUGCCUCCAUUGUCCAAUAGGUUUCGGAGCAUCCACCCUAUGAACAGUUAUGAGGAAAGCAGUGUGGUGCCAGCUGCUGUGAACGGACUUCAUCAUAACAUCAACGGGGAAAGUGUAAACGCAACACUGAAGGCAGGGUUGUCUCAGUCCCCUCAGAUUACCAGCAGCAGUAGCUCAUCAGAGGGUGACGAGGAGGAAACUAAUGGUCAGGCUGGUGGGGAGCCCCCAGGGAAACAGGAAGUACUUUCCCUGGGAAAAACUAACAGUCCUCCGCCCUCUUACAACCAUCAACAGGUAGAACAGGUCCAGCAUGCCUGCGAGUGCCAUGUGUGCAAUCAGGACCCUAACUCCUCUGCCCCGGGCCCCGCCACCUGCCUGCCCCCCAGUCGGCUCCACACUGUGCCUCUCCCCACUGCUGGACACCAGUUCUUUACAGACAGCAAGGCACCCCCUGCACACCCUGCCCUCCACUUGUACCCACACAUCCAUGGACACCUACCCUUGCAGAACUUCUCCCGGCCCCUUCUCCACCCUACACUCUACCCGCCCAGUCCACCUCUCACACACAACAAGCCUCUGCCCCCAAACCCAACAUCCAAUCACUCAGCAGCCAAGCAACCAGCCUUCAGCACAUCAGUACCAGACCAUGUAUACCAGAACUGCUUCGGUGGGACCGGAGGAGCAGGCGAUUGGAAUACCUCACUACAGUGCCUCUCUCUUAAGUUUGAAAAUCUUUGGGAUGCGGCUGUGAUGAAGACCUGGAAUCCGUCUGUGCUGUUGCCUGAAUGUCUGCCAGGUGAAAUGCUGGGACACCAGCUCCCCAAUGUGCCCCUCCCACCAUCAUCCAUCGGCUUCCAAGGGGAGCACCCGCCACUACCCACACCCCUACCCACAUCCUCCUUGUCCUCACUGUCGUCGUCUUUAUCAUCGUCGUCGUCAUCAUCGUGCUCCUCUUCAGAAGCCAAAGAGCCGAAGAAGACUGGCGCUAAGAAGAAGUGUCUCUACAAUUUCCAGGAUGCCUUCAUGGAGACCAACCGAGUAGUGAUGGCCACCUCUGCUGCCACAUCCUCUGUGUCCUGCACUGCCACCACUGUCCAGUCAAGUAAUAACCCACCCAUCCAUCUAGCAUCUAAAAGACCCAACACUAUAGAUGAUGUAUUUCACAGUUUAGGUAAAGAUGAUCACAGGCAACCCGUGUCAGCAGCUCCUAGAAACAACUCAAUGGGGCUGACCUCUCUUCCUCCACUCUCCGGCCCGGCUCUACCCCCAGCACCCACCUCACACCUCCACACAAUUGGCUCGCAAUCCUUUCCAAAGAUGGCCACUCCAGCCCAAGACUUCGUGGAAUCCCAUCAGGCUCUCUGCCUCCCACCUGCUGAACCUCCAGCACCCUCAAUGGAUGGUCCAGUCAGUGCCCCCACUAGUGUCUGCAGUGACCCUGACUGUGAAGGCCAUCGGUGUGGAGGAAGUGGAUCAUAUGAGCAUCAGCCGUACGACGGAGAGGAAAGUCCAGAUGAAGAUAGCUGCUCCGAGCACAGCUCCUCCACCUCCACUUCAACCAACCAAAAGGAAGGAAAGUACUGUGACUGCUGCUACUGCGAGUUCUUUGGGCAUGGCGGGCCACCAGCUGCUCCGACUAGCCGAAAUUAUGCAGAGAUGCGGGAGAAGCUGCGCUUGCGCCUCACGAAACGUAAGGAGGAACAACCGAAGCGCGAGGAGCAGCAGCCAGUGAUGGAAAGAGAUGGAGGGGUGGAGGACCACAGGCGGGUGGAGGACCUUUUGCAGUUUAUUAACAGCGCAGACAAUAAACCUGCAUCCAGUACUAAGGCAGCCAAACGAGCCAGGCAUAAACAAAAAAAGAUGGAGGAGAAAGCUCGUUUGGAGGCAGAGGCCCGUGAAAGGGAGGAGCAGCAGUUGUUGGAGGAGCAGCAAAGGCGGCAGGAAGAAGAGGCGGCACUUCAAAAAGAACUGCUACGGCUGCAGGAACUGCAGCAGCAUCGUGCUGCCAAGAAGAAAAAGAAAGAGAAAGCAAAGGAGAACACUGCUCCCCCUCAAAAAAACCCACAACCCCUCAAACAGACAGCUCAGAAUGUCCUAGAUAACCUUCAGAACGGAAACUCACAGCUGCUUAAAAACCUUAUCCGCCUUCCUGACCAGAAAGAACCCAAAUUAGAACGCGUACCCCAGCCCAGCUUGCAGCACACCGCAAAGUGCCCUGCUGAAAAGAGGGUUUCUAAUGAAACCAACAUCCCCAACUGCACAGUUAACCUCUUCAAUGGUGCAUCUUCCACUGUCGUUAGCUGUAAGGGCAAAGCCAAGCAAUCAGGGAAAGUGUCGUCUUGCGACUCAGUUGCAAAAAAAGUCCCAGAAUUACCCAAGAGCUCAGAAGAGGUUGCAAAGAGCAAUGGCACCGCCCCCACCACUACAGCAGAUACCAAAGCAACCCGAGCUUGGCCUGCUGAGACCCUAGCUUCUCCCCCAGCCACUGAACCACGCAAGGAGGAAAGGAGUAAUAGCAGAUGUGUCAGUGGAAAAAGGCAGCAACCACAACAGCCCCCUACCCAAAUCAAGGAAGCCAGGACAAGCCCCCCUGUGUCAAACCCCUCUCCGUCACCCUCUCCAACCUCCCACUUUGAGCCCCAACAGAACAGCAAACCUCCAACCGCAGAGUCACCGCAGCCCAAAGGCAAGAGUAAGAAAAGCAAGAAGAAGAAGGGGGACAAGAUGAACACCUCUAUAGAUGAUGUAUUCUUGCCCAAAGACAUCGACCUUGACAGUACAGAAAUGGAUGAGACAGAGAGGGAGGUGGAGUAUUUCAAAAGAUUUUGCUUGGACUCUGCCAGACAGACUCGUCAGCGGCUCUCUAUCAACUGGUCAAACUUUAGCUUGAAGAAAGCUACAUUUGCUGCACAUUGAGGGUGUCAGCUGGUCAGAACACAAAUCAUUACCUUGAUUGCUAAACAAACCCAGUCCAAAACCCUUCAUCCCUGCCCCAUCACCUUCACCCACUUGUCCCCCUCAGAGUUUCUCUCCUGCUGUGCCCAAAUCACACCCACGCUGCCUUGCUUUGUUCUUGUUCCUAUGUGGUUCCAACACAGAUCCAUCUGGACUAAUUUACCUGCAAAGAAUAAAUGGAAAUAAUACAAAAAGAAUCACAAAAUGCUACUUUACAUCUGAGUAAUUUUCCUUGCGUGCUUGUGUGCUUUUAGUCUGAGAUAAAGGUUUCUUUUGACUAAAAUAGCCAUUGGCAAACCUGUAGUCAAAAGAUGCUUACUAUUUCUGGGUGGUUUCCUUCUGAAAAAAGAGACUAUGGAAACUACAAAAAAGAAAAAAAUUACCGAAUUAAAGCUGUAUUUGACAUUUUGUGGCUUACUAUCCUAUCGUUCCAUGGUGUCUAGUCCACUUGAUUGACAUGGGAAUAGGCUUGGUUAGCUGGUUUCCACUUCCCUCUGCCUCCACCGCCUCCAUCUGAUUUCAUAGAAAGGAGGAAGCUGUAAUACUUGACAAUGUUCUUUUUUUUUGGUUUUAAGUUCUGUUUAAAAAUAUGAGUAAAAUCAGUUACUUCUUUUUCUUUUUGACCUGUAGCCAGCUUGUGUCAAUACUUUCAGAAUGAAAUCGAAAAAGAACAAUACUCACACUAUCAACAUGUUAUAGAGUGUAUAUUGUAUUAACACUGAAGCCAAUCUGGCUACUUUUAACAUAUUGUUAAGGAAUAUUAAAUCUUGUCUUUCUUUUUUGAAAGAUGGAAUAUAGUAGUAUGGCAGGUUUACGUGUCUUGUGUCAGAUCUUAUUUUUUGCACACUUUAAAAAAAUGUUGAACAUACACAUUUUAUACUUGGCAAAAAGAGAGAGUGCAAUUUAAAUGAAUCAACAGCUUCCUAUAACCCUGGCAAUAUGACUCAUUGCUGGAUGAAACUUUUUUAUAGUGGCUGUAAUUAGCUAAUAUUUAAGCAACUUCCUCAGCAACACCCAUACAGAAAACUACUGAAUAUGGUCACUACAUUAUAUGCCAAAUGUGGUUACUACAUGUCAAAAAAAUCAUUUAAAGGAUAAUGAACAAUUCAGCAUCUUUUAAAGCAAUGGCUCAUGGCAGUUUUAACUACUUUUCUAAUUGCCUGUUAAAGCUAGCUGUGCUGCACUGCUACAGUUAAGUUGUUUCAAACAGAAACAAGUGAAAAAUUUGGAUACAUUUUUCUGCUUUUGUUCUGUUCUCCUUUAUAACGGUGCUACAGGUAACAAUAAAAAUUUAUUUUUUGUCUGUC